CAGGCGAGCUCCAGACUUCCCCAGCACCAUGACCGGAUCAGCCGAGCUGCUGACCUCGUCUCCCCGCUGGUGAAGAUGCCCCAUGCGGGCUGCUGUGUGCUAGAACAUGGCGGAGUCGGACGGGGGGGACUUUGCUUCGAAACAUUCGCAGAGCAGUAUGGCAAACAAGAAUAGCACCCUGCGCUGUUCCUUCUCGGCCCCAAGUCACAGCGCCACCCUCCUGCAGGGCUUGUCGGUUUUGCGGGCCAAGGGCCAACUGCUUGAUGUCGUGCUAGCAAUCAACGGGGAGCGCUUCCAGGUCCACAAAGCUGUGCUGGCUGCCUGUAGUGAUUAUUUCAGAGCAAUGUUUACUGGCGGCAUGAGGGAGUCCAAGCAAGAUACCAUCGAGAUGAGGGGCUUGUCCGCCCGUGGGUUGAAACACAUUAUCGACUUUGCCUACAGUUCUGAGGUCACUUUAGACUUGGACUGUAUUCAAGAUGUGCUGGGAGCUGCUGUGUUUCUCCAGAUGGUCCCAGUUGUGGAGCUGUGUGAAGAGUUCCUCAAGUCAGCGAUGAGCGUGGAGAGCUGCCUGCACAUCGGCCAGAUGGCCACCACCUUCAGCCUGUCUUCCCUGAAGGAGUCGGUGGAUGCCUUCACUUUUCGUCACUUCCUCCAGAUUGCUGAGGAGGAGGACUUUCUGCACAUUCCCAUGGAGCGCCUCGUCUUCUUCCUGCAGAGCAACAAACUGAAGAACUGCAGCGAGAUCGAUCUCUUCCACGCCGCCAUUCGGUGGCUCCAGUAUGACCAGUCUCGCCGGGCUCAAGCCAGCAGUGUCCUCUGCCACGUGCGCUUCCCGUUGAUGCGCUCCUCCGAGCUGGUGGACAGUGUUCAGACAGUGGACAUCAUGGUGGAGGAAGUGCUGUGCCGCCAGUAUCUCCUUGAGGCCUUCAAUUAUCAGAUCCUUCCUUUCAGACAGCAUGAGAUGAAAUCCUCGCGGACACUCAUUCGUUCUGAUGUCAUGUCGCUCAUCACCUUUGGGGGGACGCCCUACACUGACAACGACCACACAGUCAGUACCAAGGUGUUCUGUCUCGCUGACGUCACUUCCCGCCAGUUCAGAGAGCUGACAGAGAUGGAAACCGGGUGCAGCCACGCUUGUGUCGCCGUACUUGAUAACUUUGUGUACGUUGUGGGCGGACAGCACUUACAGUACCGCAGCGGCGAGGGCGCAGUGGACAGCUGCUUCCGCUACGACCCACACCUGAGCCAGUGGCUGCGCAUCCAAUCCAUGCAGGAGGGUCGUAUCCAAUUUCAGCUCAACGUGCUUCGUGGACAGCUGUAUGCCACUGGAGGGCGCAAUAGAUCCGGCAGUCUAGCAUCUGUGGAGUGUUACUGCCCAAAAAAGAAUGCGUGGACUUACGUGGAACCAUUGAAACGCAGGAUCUGGGGGCAUGCGGGCACGCCGUGUGGAGAGAAGCUGUAUAUCUCAGGGGGUUACGGCGUCUCGCUGGAUGACAAGAAAACGCUUCACUGCUAUGACCCAGUGUCAGACCAGUGGGACUUCAGAGCUCCCAUGAACGAACCCAGGGUGUUGCACGCCAUGAUCAGCAACGGGGAUCGGGUUUAUGCUCUGGGCGGCCGCAUGGACCACGUGGACCGUUGCUUUGACGUGCUGGCCGCCGAGUAUUACAUUCCAGAGAAUGACCAGUGGACCACUGUCAGCCCCAUGAGGGCCGGGCAGUCGGAGGCCGGCUGCUGCUUACUGGACAGGAAGAUCUACAUCGUGGGAGGAUACAACUGGCACCUGAACAACGUCACAAGCAUCGUGCAGGUGUACAACACGGAGACUGAUGAGUGGGAGAGGGAUCUGCACUUCCCAGAAUCGUUUGCUGGCAUCGCUUGUACACCGAUUAUACUUCCACAAUACACCACGCAACGCUGACCUGCGACUGUGAAGACUUUAUUCCAUGUGCUCUUUCUGCCGCCGAUUGUGUCAUCACAAGGUGUCAACGUGACUUAAGCUAUUGUGUGUGUAUUUGAGAAAAGGACCUCUAAAGCUUAAAAGCAGCACUACACAGAGCGGCAUAUUCUUUUCUCUUCUUGUUAUGGAUAAGAUGUGUCUGAUUAAGAGACAAAGCUUCAGAGAUGAAAACUCUUGGAUUUUUAGGUUGGAACACUUCUGUGUUACAGGAACUGGGUUUAAUUAUAGAUUUUGUCCGUUUUUACACAUUUUAUCACGUUUCAGUGGAAAAGCCUAUCGUAAGAUGUUUGAAUUCAAUACCAGACUGAUUAAUAUAUUAUCUGCAAGUUACAU